ACCUGGGGCCUCAUGUACUAAGACUUGCGUGGAUUUCAUACUGAAACUUGGCGUACGCCAAAACCCAGAAACUGUCUUACGCACAAAUAAAUUCAGAUGUAUCAAAGUGUGCGAACGCAUGGAUCCAAGCACGUUUCUUUUGUACAUCUCAAUCAACGUGGAAUUGAGCGCACAUGCCGAGGUGCCAAACUCCUCCCUGUCCACGCCCUCAUUUAAAUAUGCAAUUUCAUUUAAAUAGGCCUCUGGACCUGAGAUUCACCUCUUAAUCCGAUCACCUGGCACCAUGAACAGAGGCAAAAAACGAAACUUCACGGAGUCCGAGCUCGAGAUUUUGCUCCACGAGGUAGAAAUGCGCAAGCAUAUGCUAUUUGGAACCCUGUCAACAGGGAUAAAUGCAAAACAAAAGAGAAGUGAGUGGGAGCGUGUUUGCGAGGCCGUCAAUGCAGUGGGGUCUCAGCAGCGCACACACUCUGAAAUUAAAAAAAAGUGGUCAGACCUCAAGGUGGAGGUGAAGCGGAGGGUUUCUGCCCACCGCCGAAGCGUGACCGCAACAGGUGGGGGGACGGGAGUGGGGGAACUCUCCCCCUUCGAUUUGAGAGUGGCCGCUUUGAUCGGUGACACAGCUCUCACCGGAGUGGUGGGAGCCCAUGAAGGGGACACCGAUCAUCCCCAAGACAAGCAAGGAGAGGGCACGGAUUGCUCCGUCGGCCCCCGCGUCUCCUCCGUCGGCCCCGGCGUCUCCUCCGUCGGCCCCGGUGUCUCCUCCGUCGGCCCCGGCGUCUCCAGCCCCGGCGUCUCCUCCGUCGGCCCCGGCGUCUCCAGCGUCACCGCUGACUCCGGUUUCUCCACCGGCUCCGCUGCACGCGGCGCCUCGAAUUCAUCUGCUGACCACCCGACCGGCCGUGUCCUUACCCGAGCUGUGCUGGAGUCACAGGCAGAAAUCGUCAGAGCCAUCGGUGGCAUUAAUGAUCGCCUUGAUCGGCUUAUGAAUGUACUCAGUGACAUAAGCGCGUCAAUAAAUACACUUGUGUCAAAGUAAAUUCUGUCCUUGCCUCUUAACAUGCUUGAAAUCACAUUCUGCCGGGCCCGUAUGGCUCCUCGGGGUGGGUUGCAGUUGACGGGUCCGGCAUCCGGUUCCUCCAGUGGGGGGUUGUGCUGCUCUGGCAGUGGUAUGCCAUGGCGGUGUGCCACAUUGUGGAGGACGCCACAGGCCAUCAAAAUGUGGCACACCUUCUCAGGUCUGUACAGUAGCAUCCCCCCCGACCUGUCCAGGCAUCGCCACCGUCCCUUCAGCAGGCCGAUUGCCCUCUCCACAAUUAUUCUCGUCCGGGAAUGGAGGUCAUUAUACCUCCUCUCUUGGUCGGUGUUGGGGUUUGUAAGAGGGGUCAUCAGCCACGUUCUUAGGGGGUAGCCACGGUCCCCUGGGGUCA